AAUCAGAGGCGAGUCGCUUAUCGAUAAUAGGAAGAACGGUUUCGUGAACGGUUCCCGUGUGUUGCUGGCAGCAGCAAAGUGACAUAAGGUGCCCCUGGUGGGUGUAUCAUACGUCGUCCGAUCCAGCGAAAAAGCACAAGGUUUUCCGGGGGGCGGACGCGGCGACGUCACCCGUCUCGGUUCGCGGAAUAAAACAUUCGAUCGGUCUUUCCUCGCCCCUUCACCCCGCCGUCGUCGUCGUCGUCGGCCGCCGGCACGCUGUGUUUAAAUAGACAGGUAAUUAAUGAAGCACACGGCGCGAGCAGCUGCGGCGGCCCCCGCUCCAGAUGCAACCAUUCGAGAUCCUACACAAGAUGACGGACUCAAAAUAUUUUACUACGACGAAGAAGGGAGAGAUAUUUGAGCUCAAGUCGGAAUUGAACAAUGAGAAGAAAGAAAAGAAGAAGGAAGCUGUAAAGAAGGUCAUUGCUUCCAUGACAGUAGGAAAAGAUGUAUCUGCACUGUUUCCCGACGUGGUAAACUGCAUGCAGACCGACAAUUUGGAGUUGAAAAAGCUGGUUUACCUGUAUCUGAUGAACUAUGCCAAGAGCCAACCAGACAUGGCCAUCAUGGCAGUCAAUACGUUUGUUAAGGAGCUAGCGACAUCUCCGAUGACAAAGGACUGUGAGGAUCCAAAUCCGCUGAUUCGUGCGUUGGCAGUUCGCACGAUGGGCUGUAUACGCGUCGACAAGAUAACCGAGUAUCUGUGCGAGCCGCUGCGUAAGUGCCUGAAGGACGAGGACCCGUAUGUGCGCAAGACCGCAGCUGUGUGCGUCGCCAAACUUUAUGACAUUAACGCGGCCUUAGUAGAGGACCAGGGAUUCUUGGAUCAGUUGAAGGAUCUGCUGUCUGACAGCAAUCCGAUGGUUGUUGCAAAUGCGGUGGCUGCUUUAUCAGAGAUCAAUGAGGCCAGUCCGAGUGGUCAGCCGUUAGUAGAAAUGAACGCGCAGACCAUAAACAAGCUACUGACAGCGCUCAACGAAUGUACAGAAUGGGGCCAAGUCUUUAUCUUGGAUUCACUGGCAAAUUACUCGCCCAAAGACGAUCGCGAGGCGCAGAGCAUUUGUGAACGAAUUACUCCACGUUUAGCGCACGCUAACGCCGCAGUCGUGCUUUCUGCUGUCAAGGUAUUAAUGAAAUUAAUGGAGAUGCUACAGUCCGAGUCGGAUUUCGUUGGCACACUUACAAAAAAAUUGGCGCCUCCUCUUGUCACACUAUUGAGCUCCGAACCAGAAGUGCAGUACGUUGCAUUGAGAAACAUUAAUCUCAUCGUGCAAAAGCGGCCGGACAUUUUAAAACAUGAGAUGAAAGUGUUCUUCGUCAAAUACAACGAUCCUAUUUACGUGAAAUUGGAGAAGCUGGACAUUAUGAUUCGUUUAGCGUCACAAGCCAACAUCGCGCAGGUCCUGUCGGAGCUGAAAGAGUAUGCUACCGAGGUCGACGUGGACUUCGUGAGGAAGGCUGUACGGGCCAUCGGUCGCUGUGCUAUAAAAGUCGAACCAUCAGCAGAACGUUGUGUCUCCACGUUACUAGACCUGAUACAAACCAAGGUUAAUUACGUUGUUCAAGAAGCGAUUGUGGUAAUAAAAGACAUCUUCCGCAAGUAUCCUAACAAGUAUGAAAGUAUAAUUUCGACUCUGUGCGAGAAUUUGGAUACGCUCGAUGAGCCUGAGGCGCGUGCGUCCAUGAUAUGGAUUAUCGGAGAAUAUGCAGAGCGAAUCGAUAACGCUGAUGAAUUGCUGGAGAGCUUCCUAGAGGGAUUCCACGACGAGAAUACACAGGUGCAACUGCAGUUACUCACAGCGAUUGUCAAACUGUUCCUUAAGAGACCCACAGACACGCAGGAAUUAGUUCAGCAAGUGCUCAGUCUAGCCACACAAGAUUCCGACAAUCCCGAUCUACGAGACCGUGGUUUUAUCUACUGGCGACUGCUCAGCACUGAUCCGGCAGCGGCUAAGGAGGUAGUGCUCGCGGAAAAGCCAUUGAUUUCAGAAGAAACAGAUCUGCUGGAACCGACCUUGUUGGACGAAUUGAUUUGCCAUAUCUCGAGCCUAGCAUCCGUUUACCACAAACCUCCCACAGCGUUCGUAGAAGGCAGAGCAGCUGGUGCUAGGAAGUCGUUACCCGCUAGAAGCAACUCGAAUGAGGACUCUAGUCGCACAACUACACAAUCCCAUGCGCAAGUUAUACCCGCUCAGGACUCUCUAAUCGGCGACCUUCUGAGCAUGGACAUUGGUGGACCGACGAUGGUCCAACCAGCGCCUGCACCACAGUCCUCAGGACUAGGAUUGGAUCUUCUAGGUGGUGGCAUCGAUGGAAUCCUGAACGACAGCACGACUGCGCCAUCAGCUGUUUCCCAGAGCACAACAGGUCUACUUGGUGAUAUAUUCGGCUUCAGCCAAGGUCCCACAUCUUACACAGCUCCCAAAGUUAACUGGCUACCAGCCGAAAAAGGCAAAGGUUUUGAUAUCUGGGGCACAUUUUCGAGAAAGAAUGGACAAGUCAGUAUGGACAUGACUUUCACUAACAAGGCGAUGCAACCUAUGGGAGGAUUCGCGAUACAGCUCAACAAAAAUAGUUUUGGAUUAACACCAGCGGCCCCGUUACAAGUGCCGGCUCCUCUAAGUCCCGGAUCGAGUAUAGAAACGAGUAUUAUACUUUCCACCUCGGGCGCGGUACAACGAAUGGAGCCUCUGAAUAACCUUCAAGUUGCUAUCAAGAAUAACAUUGACGUUUUCUACUUCGCCUGUCUCGUACCUAUGAAUGUAUACUUCACAGAAGAUGGACAAUUGGAUAAAAGAGUGUUUCUUUCCACUUGGAAAGAUAUACCUGCACAAAAUGAGGUACAGUAUACGUUAAACGGAGUAAUGUUGACCGCGGAUCAAGUGGUGCAAAGAAUGCAACAGAAUAACGUCUUCACAAUUGCUAAAAGGAAUGUGGAGGGACAGGAUAUGCUUUAUCAGUCUCUCAAGUUGACAAACAAUGUCUGGGUAUUGAAUGAAUUAAAAAUCCAACCAGGCAAUCCCGAUGUUACGUUAUCCCUGAAAUCUCGAUCUGUAGAAGUCGCUUCUGGAGUAUUCCAAGCAUACAAUGCGAUUUUACAUUCUUAAGUUUUCUCCUUUUUUUGGUUGAUUAGGAUAUUGCUAUAAGAUGUGAAUUAUAAAAGACAUAAAUGUGAACGUGCAGCAGCUUAUUUAUAGGAGCUAUCUAUGUACAUCCGCAUGAAACUUGAGAGCAUCAUUGAAACAGUACUACAGGAAUCUCUGUUACAAAUUGUCGAAUUUAUUAUUAAAAAAUGAUCACAGGCGUGUAUGGAAAUAAAGAUUUAUGAUCAUAUAUAUA